GUCAUGGAGCUGCAGCACAGCACCAAUCACAACCAAGCCUUGUGGAAAGACAUACAGUGGAACUCGACCGAGGACUGCUCGAUGUCAGUGAGUGGCACCACUUUGCUCAUCAUUGCUUACAGCACAGUCAUGGCAGUGGGUCUCAUUGGAAACUCCUGCCUGGUAUUUGUCAUCACACGGCACAAAGAGAUGCACAACGUGACCAACAUCUUUAUUGUCAACCUGUCUUGCUCAGACAUUCUCAUGUGUAUUAUAUGCCUGCCAGUCACGAUUAUCUACACACUAAUGGACCACUGGAUCUUAGGAGAAGCCCUCUGCAAGCUCACACCUUUCAUCCAGUGCAUAUCAAUCACUGUCUCCAUCUUCUCCCUCGUUCUGAUUGCCAUGGAGCGCUACCAGCUGAUUGUCCACCCGACAGGUUGGAAACCCAUGGUAGCCCAGUCCUACUUGGCUGUAGCUAUCACCUGGAUUGUGGCUUGUCUGAUGUCAGUGCCUUUGCUUUCGUACAGCGUACUCACUUUGCCCUUUCAGAACUUCAGCACCCCCCUUCCAAUAAACGACAACCUUAUUUGUAUGGAGCUGUGGCCAUCGGUUAAGGAACGACGGGCUUACUUCACCUCCCUGCUUGUCUUCCAGUACUUCCUUCCUCUCAUCCUCAUCAUGGUCUGCUACCUGCACGUCUAUUUUCGCCUAAGGAGGAGGAAGGACAUGGUGGAGCGUGGCAGGAACACUACUCAAAAAAAGAACAAGGGCUCCACUAGGAUCAACACCAUGUUAGUUGCCAUAGUCGUGGCCUUUGCCCUGUCCUGGCUCCCUCUCAACAUCUUCAACACAGUGUUUGACUGGCACCACGAGAUCAUCCCGUCUUGCAGCCAUGACAUCAUCUUCUCACUGUGCCAUCUCACUGCCAUGAGCUCCACCUGUGUCAACCCAAUCAUCUAUGGCUUCCUCAACAGCAAUUUCCAGAAACAGCUCAAGUCCACGCUGUUGCGCUGUCGCUGCUGGGGUGUGGUGGAGAGGUACGAGAGUGUGCCGCUCUCCACCGUCAGCACAGAGAUCACCAAGGGGUCGAUCUUAAGCAAUGGAUCUAUCAGCAACAACACAUAAACCCAUGCCUUUUUCAGUGAAAGACAAAGACAGCAGCUGGUGCUCUUCAGCCUUCAUUGUGUCAUUCUCUGGAGAUUUUGUUUCUUUCUUGGGUUGACAUUUGCAAGGUAGAAACCUCAGGAUAGCAAUCCAGAGGGAGCAGGCUGAAGAGCCCGAAGCAGGAUGGCACGUUGCCCUCCAAUCAGUAUGAGUUCGCAUAUAAGAGGAAGCAGAUAACACAGUGAUGGUGCAAAGGUUGGAUGGGUUUACAGGACAAGUGAAAACACUUAACUGAACACUUCUACAGUCUGUAUAGUCCUUUCCCUCGCGUGCCACUGCAUUUACAAAUGAAGAGACAUCUUUUACUCUGUUACACCAUGUAUCACGUUUUCUCUCUGAAGGAUCUGUUUGGAAAUUAUGCUUAAAUGAAUAUCAGCUGUCUGGCUUUCACACUUCCACCUGCUUUAAAUGUGAUGAACCCCAAGAGGGUGCUGGAAGGACAAAGGGGUCGGGGAGCAGCAAAUGUUCUUUUCAAUUCUGCUGUGUUGGUGUUAAUAGUAAAGAUGAACAACAUCAAGGGGUUGUGAACUGCGAUGUGUAAAUGAUUAUCAACAGACUAGCUUAAUACAGAACUGAAAGAGGGAACAUUUGUGCAUUAGAUGUAGCUCUAGGCGUUCAUGCACAGGAUUUUAAUGCAUUUCUUAUUACCUAAACCUGCCACCGCCAUCGCUGUAAUGGUCUUUUCCAGAGAGCCUUGGCAAGAGCUCUGUACAUUUCAUGCUGUCUGACACGUCCGUGCUCCUGUAUAUAUACAUAUGUGAGAGGGGGACGGAGUUUCUUGUAAAUUGUGCCAUACAACAGCCAUUUCUCAACUGCAAUAAAACAAAAUUAAAGUGGCAGUAAAGGACGGAGCGGGUUCCUUCCGUUGUACAUAACAUAUGGCACAGUUACAGCGUGUGGUGGACAAUAACAAGCACUGUGUAGCAUAGCAAGUAUCUCUUGGAAACCUGUGUUGUUGUAAUAUUUGGUUCACUGUUUCACGUUUAGCCCCUGUACUGAUUUUUUUUCUUUGUUUCUGCCUUGCUUGACGUACUGAUUUUCAGCUGCCACCUCGCAGGUGAAGUUAUCCAGUAAAUGAAAAAAGA